ACCCACCCCGAUUCACCUGUAUAAAUGGGCCGGGCCUUAUCUCUGCCUAGUGUACGAGAACCCCGCCCAUUUGGUGAACUCCUUAUUGGAAUAAUGCCGCUGUUCAGCAACGAACCGCGCGGGCGAAGCCAAGAAUUUGAAAACCUUGCAGAUAAGCCGGUACCAUAAACUGCCAUGACUCAAUUGAUAAUCUUAUGAGCAUUCGACAAUUCUUGGCGGCUAUUUUUGCACCCGGUCUGUGUAUUCAAUGCUUGCGUGGCGGUUGUGACCUGCGAGCAGGGCCAAAAAGGGAUCACGUACAGACGGAUUGGAUCAGCGUCGAGUUCGACAAAACUAAAAACAUCAUAGUCAGGACUGGUCAUAGCAACUUGAACUCCACUCAACGGCCAGCGGCGUUGAGUGAGCAAAUUUCCGACUCAACGAUUACGCUCCUGUCCUACAGCAAAGUGCAAAAAAAUCUGCCGGUUUCGAUUCGAACGGCUCAAGCGCCGGGGCAUUCACCCUCGGCAAUCACGGCAAGGGCAGCAACCCUCAGAUCAGUUUAUGACAAUGACGUUGAGUGUUGUGAGGUUCAACGGUGCCAUCGCAGUAUAUAGGAUAUGCGGAAUGACUGUAGGACUAGAGUCGUGUGGCAUCUUAGAUUUUCACCUAUUACCUUUCUUGGUGACAUCCAUGCCAAAGUCAGUGCGCAUUCAUAGC